AUGGACUUCCUCAAGUCGGCCGUCGCCUCGGCGAUGGCCAAGGGGCCCCCUUUCCCCUAUACAUUCGGCGACAAAGUCGAUUCGGACCCCUCAAUCUGGACACUCUACAAUGGCACUCGUCGCGAAGACGGCUCGAAUUGCAGUAUCUUUUCGUUCGACAUCGCCGCCAACCGAUCUGCCCUGCCGCUCGCCAAGAAUGCCCUGAAGAAGCUACGGACGCUGCGGCACCCGGGUGUCAUUAAGGUGCUCGAUACCGCUGAAUCAGAUUCCUACAUCUACAUUGCGACCGAGCGACUAGUACCCUUACGGUGGCAUGUUAAACGAAGCAGUUUGAGUCCCGAGACGGUGAAAUGGGGUCUUUAUAACAUUGCGAGGACCAUCAAGUUCAUCAACGACGAAGCAUCAUCAGUGCACGGCAGUCUAAAGGUUGCCUCAGUCUAUACAACUGAAAGCGGCGAGUGGAAACUUGGUGGGUUUGAGGUCCUCAGCAACGUCAAGGACGACGAUGCCGUUGUAUACACAUACGGCAGCCUUGUGCCGGAUUCGGGACGGUAUACGCCUCCCGAGCUAGCAAAGUCGGGCUGGGAUGCCAUCAAGCGUAUCCCCCACUCGGCUGUAGAUGCCUAUGAUUUCGGUGCUCUAAUCUAUGAGGUUUUCAAUGGCACAUUCAAUGGCGGCGACCAGGCCGGCCAAACCAAGAAUAUUCCACCUAGUAUGCACUCCAGCUACAAGCGUCUCACAAAUGCCAACCCGAAGGCGAGGCUCAGCGUUGCCCAUUUCCUUCAACAAGGCCUUCGGAGCGGCUCUUUCUUUGAUACCCCCCUUAUUAAACUAACCGACGGAGUUGAAAACCUGGGAGUCAAGACACCAGAAGAACGGGAAGCCUUUCUAGAUGAUCUAGAGCAACUUACAGACGACUUUCCCGAAGACUUCUUCAAGAUGAAAGUUCUGCCAGAGCUGUUGAAAUCAGUCGAGUUUGGUGGUGGAGGCCCCAAAGCAUUUGGUCUUGUUAUGAAGAUUGCCACGAAGCUUUCAGACGAGGACUUUGACGCCAAGGUCACUCCUGUUUUGAUUCGACUGUUUGGCAACCCUGACAGAGCGAUCAGGGUGUGUUUGCUGGACAACCUACCACUCAUGAUCAAUCGGCUGUCUCAAAAAGUGGUGAACGAUAAGAUAUUCCCACAAAUAGUUACCGGGUUCACGGACCUUGCUCCGGUUGUACGGGAACAAACGUUGAAGUCGGUCCUCACCCUAAUCACAAAGCUCUCGGAUCGAACUAUCAACGGAGACUUGCUCAAAUACCUCGCAAAGACGGCCAAUGACGAGCAACCCGGAAUUCGCACUAACACGACCAUCUGUCUUGGGAAAAUUGCGAAGCACCUUGGGUCCUCUUCAAGGGCCAAAGUCCUGAUAGCCGCCUUCACCCGCUCGCUCAGGGACCCCUUCGUUCACGCCCGGAAUGCCGCUCUGAUGGCUCUCGCAGUGACAGUGGAGUACUUCUCCGAAGAGGACUGUGCCUUCCGCAUCCUACCCGCUAUCAGCCCCUCCCUCAUAGACAAGGAGAAGCUCAUCCGCGAUCAGGCAAGCAAGACACUCGAUAUCUACCUCCAGAAAAUUCGCAAACAUGCCGCCAACAUGCCGGAUACCGCUUUACCGCCGGAAACCGUCGCCGCGGGAGGGGGCGGCCCAAGAAUGAGUACUCCUCAGCCUACCGAAUCGACAGCAGCCUCAUGGGCAGGCUGGGCUAUAUCAUCAUUCACGAACAAGUUGUCAGCAGCAGCGGGCGAGAUACAGUCCUCUGCCACCGCAUCAUCCGCGGGUACAACCGGCGCUACCGCGAACGGAUCAUUGUUGUCCCCUUCUACCCGCCCUACCAUCUUUUCCACUUCAUCCUCACCGGGGCCACAACGGCAGGGAUUCAAGUCCCCUCCGCCGUCAUCCGGCCGGCCCACGUCAGCGUCCGCCAACAGGGACGCCUCCUUCGUCCCGGGCAAUGGUGAGGAUAACGACGGGGACGACGCGGCCGACGCAUGGGGCGACAUGGACGACCUUGACGAAGGGCAAGACCCGCAACCAGAAGAUUUCUUUAGCAGCAGUGCUGCCGAAGACAGCAAGUCCCAACAACAAAAGAAACCGGCUUCUGCCGCUACCGUCGUCACGCCGUUCAAUGACGACGGUUCCGAGCCGGAUUUCGCCGGCUGGCUGGCAGCCCAGGCCGAGAAGAAGAAGGCUACUAACAAGAAUAAAAUCCUUGGUGGUGGCAGCGGCGGUGGUGGUGGUGGUCUGCCGAAAGGGCUGGCCAAGAGUGGGGCGAGUGGGAGUGGGAGUGCUCCUUCGGCGAUGAAAAAGGCGGCGCCGGCGUCUGCGUCUUCGUCCAAAGCAACUAAGGGCUCAGCGACGACGGCGGCGGGUGCGGCGGUCAAGAAAACAAUUGAUAUGAAACCUAAGAACACAGAUGACGAUGAUGGAUGGGGAGGGUGGUAGGGUUGUUAGUUAUUUUUUUGUUCUGGCGAUAUAUAUCAUAGAGCGGGUAUGGCUGGGGAUUUGGGUACUGUACUGUGCAGAUAAGGGGUUGAAGGUGCUUCGGCUCAGG